CAUACUUUUUCUGACUCCCACUCACGUCCACUUAUAAAUGUUUCUUGAGUUCCUCUCAAUAUUCCACCAAAAUUUGCAUCCAUGGCUGCUAAAGUUCUUCACUUUCUUUCUCUUACUUUCUUUCUCAUCCAUUUCUCAACUGCUUUCACUCCCCAAGAUAAUUACCUUAUCAACUGUGGAUCAAGCAUAAACACUCUUGCAGUCGAAAACAGAUACUUCACCGGGGAUUCAUCAGAGGAUGGCUCUUCGUAUCUAUCUAAAGGUAAAUCAGUUUCUCUCACGAAUCCAAUCCCAUCAUCUAACUCUUCAGUACUGUACAGUACAGCUAGAGUUUUCACUUCUGGUUCAAGCUAUAAAUUUAACAUCAAGAACGUUGGAUUCCACUUGGUACGUCUACAUUUCUCUCCAUUCAGUUCUCGGGAUUUUGAUCUCAAGAAGGCAAGUUUCGUAGUUUCGGCUAAUGAAAAUUCACUUUUAAGCAACUUUUCUGCUCAGUUUACUAUGCUUAAAGAAUUUAUCUUCAUGGUUAAUAAAGAAGAGCUUGAAAUACUGUUCAUGCCUACUCAUGAUUCCAGUUUUGCAUAUGUAAAUGCAAUUGAAGUGUUUUCAGCACCAAAAGAUUUCAUUAUUGAUGAGGGGAUAACGUUGAUUAGUCCUAAUGGAAUUCAAGACUUUAAGCAGAAUAUUUCAUCGAAAAUUUUAGAAACUGUUCAUAGGAUUAAUGUUGGAGGAUCGAAACUAACUCCUUUUAAUGAUACUCUUUGGAGAAAUUGGAUUCCAGAUGAUGAUUUUCUUUUCUUGAAAUCCGCAGCAAAAAUUGCUACGACUAUUCAUCCACCUAAUUACCAACAAGGAGGUGCCACAAGAGAAAUUGCGCCUGACAAUGUAUACAUGACUGCACAGCAGAUGAAUAUAGAUAAGCUAACCUCGAAUUUUAUGUUCAAUAUAACAUGGGAUUUUCCUGUAAGAUCCGAGGAUUCUCUGCACUUUGUUCGUUUGCAUUUCUGUGACAUCGUUAGCAUUGCACUUCAAACGUUGUUCUUCAAUGUAUAUAUAAAUGGUAUCAUUGCGUUUAAAGAUCUUGAUUUGUCUAUGCUUGCAUUCCAUGAGCUAGCAUCGCCUAUUUUCGUUGAUUUUCUUGUACAGAGCUCGGUAAAUACAAACGUUGUUCGGAUUAGUGUUGGUCCUUCUGACAGCAAUAGUUUCCGGAAGAAUGCUAUUUUAAAUGGGGUUGAGAUUAUGAAAAUAGUGAAUCCUUUGGGUUCAGAAAAGAGGGCUAAGACGAAAAACAUUUGGAUUUUGGUUGGUUCAUUCGGAGGUGGAUCUUUUGUACUAAUUUUGGCAAUUAUUAGUACAUUGUUUGUACUCAAGUGCCGAAGGAGAAAACCCGAACCAACACGUGUUGAAAGUACAGGAUGGACUCCUGUUCGUGUAUAUGGAGGCAGCUCCCAUGGCAAGUUAUUGGAAGGGGCGGUCCAUUGUUAUGGUAUUAAGAUUCCGUUUGCUGAUAUACAACUGGCUACAAAUAAUUUUGACAAGAGUCUGAUAAUUGGCUCAGGUGGUUUUGGCAUAGUCUACAAAGGGAUUUUCCAAGAGAACUUCGGAGUUGCUAUCAAACGACGUGUGCCUGGUAACAAGCAGGGACUACCCGAAUUCCAAACUGAAAUAACAAUUUUGUCGAGAAUUCGUCAUCAUCAUCUUGUUUCACUCGUGGGAUACUGCGAAGAGCAAUCCGAAAUGAUACUUGUUUACGAGUAUAUGGAGAAAGGGCCUUUGAGGAACCAUUUGUACGGUCCUGGAUUACCCCCUUUAUCUUGGAAACGAAGGCUAGAAAUAUGCAUUGGUGCAGCUAGAGGUCUACACUACCUUCACACAGGUUCAUCACAAGGGAUUAUCCAUCGCGACAUAAAAUCGACUAACAUUUUACAGGUGCAUUUAGGCGAAUGGGCUAUGGAAUGGCAAAAGAAAGGUAUGGUCGAGCAAAUUGUAGACCCUUAUAUCAGAGGACAAAUAAAACCAAGCUCACUGAAGAAAUUUGGUGACACAGCAGAGAAAUGUUUAGCUGAUUAUGGUGUUGAUAGGCCUACCAUGGGUGAUGUCUUGUGGAAUUUGGAACACGCGCUUCGACUUCAAGAAAGUGAAAUUCAAAUAGAAUCUCAAGCAGAAACUGAUGUAAACUCUGUUAAUCGUGCAUCGCCAAGAUUUAUUCCCACAAUUCACUCGAGCAGUGCUGGGGUCGAGGGGGAUAUUGACAACAGUUCUUCAGAAAUAGCAACGAGUCAAGUCUUCUCCCAGUUGAUAACUAACGAAGGCAGAUAGAUAUUCUGAUAUUUUUUCGAGUUUGCUCAUUCAAAAAGACCUAUGCAUAACAUAUAUAGUACAGAAAUUUAGGUGGUUUGUUUUGCAGUCCUAGAUUAAUGAAAAAGUGCAUAAAUUGAGAUACAGAAUUUCAAUAGUUGUGUUACUCAAAAUGAUUUCUGCUAUUCUAGUUGUAUGAAAUAAUAAAUUUCGUUUCACAGGA